AUGGUGUCGGCAUCGACAGAUCCAUCCUCCCCCUCCUUUCGCCCUACCUACACUCGCGAGCAACUGGCCAAAUACGUGGGCCGGAUCGCCCCAGAACCGUCGUACACCCUAGCCACAUUGGAGUCCGAAAUCCAAGCGGACCCAUUGGCAGCCUUGGGCCGACUCCAGCUCCGCCAGAUAGCUUUCAACCCAUGGGGAAAUGUGGCUCUUCAUUAUUCAUGGCAUCGGACCCUCUCCUUGGACCCAGAGGCCUUGUUUCAUAAGAUUGUCGAGAGAAGACUUGGUGGUUAUUGUAUGGAGAACAAUACCUUCUUCUCCGCCGUCCUGAGGUCUCUGGGCUAUCAAUUGUACGUCACCGGUGCCCGAAUUAGUUAUUCACUGGAAGGCAAUGGGAGAAAUCCAGAAGGGUUUGCUGGCUGGCAACACGAAGUCAUCAUCGUGACUCUCAACCACCAGAAGUACCUCGUCGACGUCGGGUUCGGUUCUCAAUCUCCCAUUCAUCCUCUUCCGCUGGACAAAGACCCCGACCUGGUCUACCCAUCGGUGCCUGGCGCUGAGGUCCGUCUGGCCUACCGUCCUAUUGCUCCCAACACUGAUUCUUCUCAAUGCCUGUGGGUGCUCGAAACCAGGAACAAGUCUCAUCCCCACUGGGCUGGUGGAUAUUGUUUCACGGAGCUCGAAUGGCUACCUGAGGACUUUGAGAUUAUCAACUAUCGCACUAGUCAGGAUCCUCAGAGUUGGUUCACUCACCGAUUGGUAUUGUUGAAACCCCUGUUGGACGAAGAGACAAAGACCAAGCCGAUUGGGACCGUUAUUUUGUCAGGAAAUGUCAUUGAGAGGAGGAUUGGUGAGGGAAAGAAGGAGGUCGUGGUCGAUGCAAAGUCAGAAAAGGAAAGAAUUGUGGGCCUGAGGACUUGGUUCGACGUGGUGCUCUAUCCCGAGGAAGAGAGAGGCAUUGCAGGAAUGCCCAGUGAGAUUCGUGAAGCCUUCAAUCCUUAA